CACCACACCACACCACACCACACCACCAACCCAUGCAGCAAAGUGAUAGUGAUCACUCGUGGAUGUUGAAUUGUUGACGACGACGAAGAAGAAAGAGCGUGCAGAAAAUCUUUCAAGGAACCAAACCUUAGUACAAGACUGGCACUGGUAAUGAAACCUCGCAUAAGUGAGAAGUUGGGCAAAACUAAUAAAAAGUGAACUUGCAUCUCGCAAAGGAACCGGAAUUCGUACGUAUUAUCAACAACGACGAGUGACCACUAUGUACUCAACGAGUGACCAACUAACGUGACACACAUAUCUACUUGCAAGAAAGUAAAUGCAUAUGUAUGCAUCUCGACUUCCUUGACGAAUCUUUUUCAUGAAGAAGUCGAGAUUUUCGGAAAUGUGUUCGCAAGUAGUUUUUAAAAUCUUUGCAAGUAAAUAAUUUACGCAAGCUUUAUUCUAAAGUGGUUGUCGAGAGUGUAAAGUUGUGUUAAUAUGUAAAUCGAGUGUCAUUUCCAAAUUUUCAUUACGUCGUUCUCCUUCCUAUUAAAUAUUCCACUGUUUAAAAGGAAAGUUUCAAUAACUUUGAAGUUUGGGAAACUGGAAAGUCAAAAAGUGUGCAUGCAUUUGCUGCUGGUGCUGAUCCAGAUUUAGGGUUUGAAGGAGCAAAGUAAUUUAAAUUUAACCAAAGUCAAGACGGAGGGCGACAAGGACUCCUCGCUGAUUUUAUAUGGAUCCAUGAAAGUGCAAAGAAGUUGAUUAAAAUUCUAAUUAAAAUGGGCCAAGUGGGAUUUAUUAGGGGGCUCUGUCGAGGUAGCACUUCUUCUUCCAGCAGGAGGCUUAGAAAUGAAAUUCUACUCGUUGGACUUGUUUUGUUAAGUUUUUGUACCAAAGUGCUAACCACCCCUCAAGAUUCCUCGCCAAGUGGAGAUGAUAGCAUUCAGGAAAAGAUGAGAAAAUUCCUCAGUAAUCAUUGCAACAGACAGAAUCAGACGCUGGAACAGGAGGAAUAUGAAACGUUCAUCAAAUGUAACCCCACUCAGGCGGCAAUGAUAAUCAAAAAUAUUGACUCACACCAAGAAGCCGAUCCAGCCACGAGACACAAAGAGAUUCAGAACGAGAUCAACAAGCAGUGUGGCGACUGGCCGGUCAAGAGGGCUUGUCAGAAGAGAAACUUCAAAUUGAUCGAAAAAUGUUUUGACGGACAGCAGAAAUUCGUCUUUUAUUUUUUGCUCGCACUGACAGAUACCAUUUGCCAGGAUGGAGAUCAAUUCGUCGAAUUUUGGGAGUCAGGAGGCAACAAGUGCUUGAACGAGCAUUUGAUGAAAUUGACGAACGAAAUUUCAGAUUGUUUAACAUUCACGUCUACCAUGACGAAGGAUGAGUUGGACAAAAACAUUGACAAAAUUACGGGCUGCAUCGGAGACAAAUUUGCCAACUGUGGAAGCCCCGAAUCCAACAAAGUUAUUCAAAACUUGUUACAGGAUAUUGAAUCGUUUUAUAAUGAAAUCAAAAUUUCUGCCCUCACUUCAUCCGCUGCACCUUCGCGAUUCUCCUUGGCUGCUGGUGUUGCAACGCCAUUUACAAUUCUAAUUAGCUCCUCACUAUUUAUAGCCGUGUCAAUGCAGAAUCUCUUCACUCCUGCUUUUCUGAGCUGAUUGUAUGUAAAUGAGAUGAGAUGAGAAUGCAGUACAGAAGAUAAUUGGGGAGACUGGUUUAAUUAAGUUGUAUUAAAGAUAAGUAGUGAGUAAAAGUCGUCUCGCUGUAAACUGAUCCUGUUAUUAAUGCGGUUUUAUUAUACGGUACUUAAAACAAGAUAAAGAAUUAAGUAGUGGCUCAAAAAAAUGAAAUGAAAUGCAAAAAAACUAGUGAAACGAGAGAUGAAUUAAAUGCGAAUCACGGAAUCAAGUUGUUAUUUACAAAAGUGAGUGAAUAAUAUAUUUCUGAGAAAUUGUUCAAAAUAUUA